ACUUCCUCACUUCCUUUCAGUAAGUCUUAAGAACUCAACACAUCCCCACUAACACAAAACAGUAAAGAGCUUUGGAAGUGACUGGCAGUGUCCUGUGUCGAGGUUCAAAUCAGUUUGUAAUACACCAAGUAAGUAGGUGCAAACGCAAAGUGAAAGAAAAUUUAAGCGAAUAAGUUGAAAGAAGAACAUGUGAUACAGGUGUUGAUGAAUGUUGGAAGGAGAAGGUCAAAAAGAAAAAUCGUACGAGUUAGAAUUGAACGAAUUAUCAACGAUGGAAUAUCAAAUAAAUGUCAACACUUAAAACCCUACGAUGAGACCAUUCUCGCAAAUCCAGCCACUUCAACAAAAAUUCAGACGCACUAAAAUGAAAUUUCAUCCACCUGACUAACUCACCAUAUCGUACUUCAAAACCAAGAGAAAUCUAGUCAUUCUACAGCACAAUGGUAGUUGAAACUCUCUUCGUAUCCACAGCCUUAAGAACAAUCGGAAUUGUUGGCUCCACACUAUGGGUCAUCCCCUUAAUCCUUGCCGGUAUCUACUACAACUACGACAAACUCGACCCCGAAUCACCCAUCAUCAAUCAGAAAACUCUCUACAAAGAAUACGACUUCGUCGUCGUGGGGGGUGGUUCCGCCGGAGCCGUAGUCGCCGGCCGCUUAUCAGAAAUUCCUUCUUGGAACGUACUCCUCCUUGAAGCUGGUCCCGAUGAAAACGAAAUCUCCGACGUUCCAUCAUUGGCCGCAUAUCUCCAAUUGUCGAAACUUGAUUGGACAUACAAAACCGAACCCACUGGGAGGGCCUGUCUAGGGAUGAAAAAUGGGCAGUGCAAUUGGCCGAGAGGGAAGGUCUUAGGCGGGUCGAGUGUGUUGAACUAUAUGUUGUAUGUGAGGGGGAACCGGCAUGAUUACGAUCAUUGGGAGAAUCUUGGAAAUCCUGGAUGGAACUACCAGAGCGUCCUCCAUUAUUUUAAAAAAUCAGAGGAUAAUCGGAACCCUUACUUGGCCAAAACACCAUACCAUUCACAAGGUGGUCCUUUAACAGUCCAGGAAUCUCCAUGGAGGACCCCUUUGGUCCUAGCUUUCGUCCAAGCGGGAACUGAAAUGGGUUACCCUAACCGCGAUAUCAAUGGAGCCGACCAGGCUGGAUUUAUGGUAGCUCAAGGUACCAUCCGUCGCGGUUCUCGCUGCUCGACUGCUAAAGCCUUCCUUCGACCCGUCCGUUUACGUAAAAAUAUCCACAUAGCCUUAAACUCACAUGUGACUCGAGUUCUAAUCAACCCAACGACCAUGAGAGCUUUUGGUGUCGAAUUUGUCCGUGAUGGUCAUCGCCAAAUCGUCUUAGCUCGUAAAGAAGUGAUCAUGUCGGCCGGUGCCAUUAACACCCCACAAAUACUGAUGUUGUCAGGGAUAGGACCGAAACGCGAACUCGCAAAGCACGGUAUACCGAUCCUGAAAGAUCUACCUGUUGGUGAGAAUUUACAAGAUCAUGUUGGCAUGGGAGGAUUCACCUUCAUGGUAAACAAACCUGUUUCCAUCGUCCAAGAUCGAUUCCAAGCUUUUCCCAUGACAAUGCAAUACGUAGUACACGCGAAAGGACCCAUGACCACAUUGGGUGGGGUCGAAGGGUUAGCUUUCGUCAACACGAAGUACGGUAAUCGCAGCUGGCCCGAUAUACAGUUCCACAUGGCUCCUGCUAGCAUUAACUCCGACGCCGGUUACAGAGUUAGGAAGGUUCUAGGAAUUACGGACCACCUGUAUAAUACUGUCUAUAAACCAAUUUCCAACAAAGACGUCUUCUCCUUAAUGCCAUUACUCUUGAGGCCACGAUCGCGCGGAUGGGUCCGUAUUCAAAGCAAAAACCCAUUUGUUGCGCCUAUCAUCAACGCCAACUAUUUUGACGAUCCUAGAGAUAUCAAAGUUUUGGUUGAAGGGGCAAAAAUGGCAGUACAAAUUGGGGAAGCUAAUGCUUUUAAGCAGUUUGGGACGAGGGUUCAUCAGAUACCUUUUCCGAAUUGUAAAGAGUUUAGAUUUCUGAGUGAUGAAUAUUUAGAGUGCCAUAUAAGGACUAUUUCAAUGACUAUUUAUCAUCCAGUGGGGACUUGUAAGAUGGGUCCCAGCUGGGAUAAGGAAGCUGUUGUUGAUCCUAGACUGAAAGUGUACGGUGUUAAGGGGUUAAGAGUGAUUGAUGCAUCCAUUAUGCCAACUAUACCGAGUGGAAACACGAAUGCUCCUGCUAUCAUGGUGGGGGAAAAAGGUGCGGACCUAGUAAAAGAAGACUGGCAUGUGAGACGUGUAUGAUGGUUCUUUUUUCAGUCUAUAGUUAUUUUAUUGGCAGUUUCACGUAGGUAAUUAUUCAUGUUUGUCAGAAGUUAGAAUAAAUGACUCUGUUGUAUAUUUGUAAAUAUGUGUAUUUAUGCUCAAAAUUGUUAUAUGUUCGUUAGCUGUAAGUUGUUAAAUUGUUAAGCGUCACGUUGUUAAAUUUAAGUAGAAAUUAGAAAUAACUAUAUAAGUAAUCCAGCCAUUUAGCAAGCCAGUGACAGAUGUUUCAACUCUUUUCAUUGUCAUUGCAAUACUUGUGCGGCAGAUCUUGUCAUGUUGUUGCCUUCUACACCAAGCAUAGCAUUUUUUAAAGGAUGUUAAUGCUAAGUCAUUUUUUUUCACGAUAUAGAAAUAAAACAGUAGAAAUAAAAUAUAUAUAGUUAAUAAACAUCAUCAGGAUAUCGAUCUCUUACAACAGCUUAAUAUAAUUUGUGACAGUUGUAAGUACUUAAAUCGAUGAUUACCACGUAGUGUUAUAGAAAUUCUUCCAGUAAUCCCCUACAUGACAAUUACAUACACUGAUGCAUUUACAUCUUUGAAACAAUCACCGGAUGCAAAUCUACAACAAUGUCAUAACUCGUUUUGUCACUGCUAACUGGUAAAAUAGUAGUAAGUUUAAACUCCCACAUCUGAAAUUGCAGAGAAAAUGUUUACAAUUAACGUUAAACCAAUAGUUAAAAAAUAUAUUCUGAGAGUUAGUUGUAGGCUAACCUACAAAAUGCUCAGUGACAAAUUUGAAACCUGCCAAGUCCACUACCAAAUAUUAGGGGGCACUUUCGUCAGAUGCCUGCAGCAACCUGCGCAAUGGUUACUCUUAUCCUUUUCACAGUUUCCAUAAGGUUACAGUGGAACCUCAAUAUGCCAUAGAUUGGUAACAUUUUUUAACAAAUUUCAUUUCAUGUUCGAAAUACAGGGAGAUAAUAAAAAAAUGCAGUCAACGGUGGCUCCGACACGACUGAAUUUGUGUGCCGCUUCUUAUUUACAGUAUUUAUAUAAAAUUAUUAAUUUUAUUGUAAAGUUAAUGCGCAAUAAAAAAAAAGGA